AUGGCAGUGGGCAGAAGGGGUGGGAGGUCCGAUGUCCAUCGGAAAGUGUCAUUUCCUCAAGGCAGCGAGCGCGGGCCCGACGGAACCCGGCGCGGGCGCCCUGGACCCGGCCUGGAGUCAGCCGCUCCGCGCUGUGUAAGCAGGCGCCGCGGUUCCUGCAGAGUCAUCGCUCUGGGCCCAGCAGCCUACGGCCGCCUCGUUACUCAACAUUUAAGAGUCCAGAGUAUUAUAAUCCAAGGUUAUUUCACCUUUAAGUUUGUGAUGUUCUCUGAGAUGACUUUGAAAUCCCUUCAUCAGGGGGGCUCAGUGCCCCCAGGCCUGCCUCCUAGGAGCCUGCCUUUCUGCUUCGCCUCUACCACUGAAACCCAGAUGCAGACUCCCAGGUUCUGUGCAACCGCCCAGAACUCGACCCAGAACUCCGAGAGCAGGGGUCUGGUCCUUCAUCUGCAUAUCUGUCCUCAGGGCUUGACACACAGGGGCUCUUGGGGAAGAUUGUUUCAGACCCCUGCUAGUGCGAGAGUGCAGGGAUGGGCUCAGUGGCAGCAGCGGGUUAACCCGGAGCGCCAGCCACAGGGCCAAGCCCUGGCCACCUGGGCUCACCGUAGGCGGGGGCAGCCUGUCGGAGCAGGCUGCUUACCCGGAUUCUUGCUCGCCAGCAGUGCCCCUGGCUCGCCUUCAUCAUUCAGGACACUGGGGCUCGGAAGGCAAGGGCGCAGCCCCGGUCGCCCGCGUACUGGUAGCUCCUCUCCGGGCACCGGCGCGCAGGACGAGGCCUGUCUGCCCCUCGCCCUGGACACCUUUGGGUGCAAGGCCUCGGGCCUGGCCAACCGCUUGCGGGGGCAGUUGCGGCAGUUCUGGGUUGACCACUUUUCACGGCGCUUCUCGCCGCGGCGCCCGCAGCUGCGCCACAUCUCCUCCAUGUCCACCUUCUAGUCCAGGAGCUUGCCCUUUCACUACCUUCUGGACCAUCGGACGCGCCAGACCAAGCUGGGCCUCAACUACAGCACGCCGUGCACACACCUCAGCAACAAGGCUUUCAUGUUCUGCAGUGGCCAGUGGACGGCUGAGGGCCUGGUGCGGUCGAGGCCGCCGUGGUCCUCAUCAACCAUCUCAGACUGGAAGGUGCAGGUGCGGUGGGCCAAGAGCCAGGUGCUCCUGGAGGAGAACAACUACCUGAAGCUGCAGCAGGAACUGCUCAUGGACAUGUUCACUGAGAGCACCGUGCACCUGCACCUGAGGGGCAGCAGGCUGGACAACCAGGCCAGCCCGGGAGCCGCAUGCGCUUGGCAGGGGAAGAUGGGUAAGUGCGAAGGUGCAGGCUGCGGGCUUCCGGUGGAGCCACGCGCUCUGGAGUCGCGGUGAUGCAAUAAAGCCCG